AUGUCGGCUGCUACCAUGUCUACGAGAAAUGACUCGGAGGGCAAAGUGGCUACACUUUGGGCAGGUGAAGGGCAAGCAUCAAAUUCUACCUCGUCAGUCGAAGAGAAUGUUGCCUAUCGGUUUGUCCUUGAUCGCAAGGUUCAAACGAUAUCGAGCAACAGCAUUCCCGAGGACGGAUUGGUAUCAGGCCUUUUGUUUGUGCCCAGUCUAGAGCCGCAUGAUCCGUGCUAUAACAUUACCGCUUCGUCUGUGCCGCCAGAUGUGACCCGUUAUGAAGAUGUGUCCGACUUUGGAUACUCCUUAGUUGGCCUUGCUCCAUGGGUAACCGCAGAAUGCUCGCUAUCGUACCUCUCCGCCGCCCAAAAGGUCGGCACACAUGCUAUGAUCUUUUUUCAGCCGUCAGACAACGAGACCAGCAUACCACCUGACUCAAGCGACUCUCGCUGGGAAAUCAACGAUGGGGAUAGAUGGAGAAUGGAUAUCAAUUACCCAGUGUAUGCCAUUCCAGGGCCAGCUGGAAAAUCAUUGAUCAACGAUCUCUCAUGGUAUUCAGCUGAGACACCAGAGAACAAGAGAGACAACUCAACCGAGGAAUUUGCGCUACAGACUACGACUAGCCGAUUGUUUGCUAGGAUUGAAACUGGCUCAAACCCCACACCGGCGACGAACGUCUGGAGCUUCGUACUUGCAAUUGCAGGAACGGUUCUUAUACUCAGUAUCCUCCUAGUCAUAAUUUAUCGACUUAUCCUGCGCAGGAGACGGUUUCAGCUCCAGAGACGUGUUGAUGCAGGUCAAGUCGAUAUCGAAGCUUUCGCAUUGAAUCAAAUGAUGGCUCCUCCGGAGGUGGUUAACAAGAUGCCUCUUUAUACAUACUCGGAGAUUAUCCCUCCAACGGAGCCAGCUCUUCGACAAGAUAAUACGCCGGCCAAUCCCAUCGAACGUGAUUCUGACGACAAGACUGAAUCGCUGUCCCUCAACGAAGACAACCAUGCACAAGAGGAUGCUGGCAUCCAGAUGCCCGAAGCAGCGAUCGUCAAACCUGGACAAAAUGAUUCUUGCAGAAGCAAGUAUCGUCUAAGCUAUACUCAAACAACUUGUGCUAUUUGUCUCGACGAUUUUGUCGCCGGGUCAUCUCUGUGGGUCAACUCGCUAAUCGCUAGCGUCCCACACACAACCUCUGCCUCUAGACGUUUUCCUCCUCGAACUUUUUGCGACAACGACAACCGACGACCUCGUACAGCCGACAAGAUGGGUGCCCUCAAGUACGUGGAAGAAAUCCAGAAGAAGAAGCAGUCCGAUGUGAUUCGCUUCCUGCUGCGCGUCCGAUGCUGGGAGCUCCGCCAGCUGAACGCCAUCCACCGUGCCUCGCGCCCUUCGCGCCCCGAUAAGGCCCGUCGUCUCGGUUACAAGGCCAAGCAGGGUUACGUUAUCUACCGUGCCCGUGUCCGCCGCGGUGGCCGCAAACGCCCCGUCGCUAAGGGUGCCACCUUCGGCAAGCCCACCAACCACGGUGUCAACCAGCUCAAGUACCAGCGUGCUCUCAAGUCCACCGCUGAGGAGCGUGUUGGCCGCCGCGCUGCUAACUUGCGUGUCCUGAACUCCUACUGGAUCAACCAGGACUCCACCUACAAGUACUACGAGGUCAUCCUUGUCGACCCCCAGCACAAGGCCAUCCGUCGUGAUGCCCGCAUCAACUGGAUCUGCAACUCCGUCCACAAGCACCGCGAGUCCCGUGGCCUCACCGCCACCGGCAAGAAGUCCCGUGGUAUCAACAAGGGUCACCGCUACAACAACACCAAGGCUGGUCGCCGCCACACCUGGAAGCGCCAGAACACCCAGAGCUACUGGCGUUACCGUUAA